AGUUUAGAGAUUAUCCAAAUUUUUUCGCGACACUUAAUAUCCUAAACAGGGAUGACGAAUUUUAAACCACUUAGGAACACAUUUUGAGACGCAGUUAUGAAUCCCAAACCGAUGAAACGACAAGAAAAGUUAUUGUUUAAAACCACUUAGCCGGUUUGGCCAGGUAGAGGUAUUUCCUAAUAAGAGGAUAACCCGGGUAAUACGGUAUUGGAUAUAAUGGUUAAAUCGGAAUGAUGCCUUUUAUCAAGAAUUUAUGCGAAGACACUUGGCCGCCAUACUCUUUAUCGGUGUUCACGGCCUCGGUAUCACUGUUACUAUGUUUGAUCACAGUGCCGGGGAAUGUGUUAGUUUGCUUAGCAAUCUUUAAGGAUCCUUACAAAGAACUGAGGACACCCUUCAACUAUUUUGUGCUGCAAUUGGCUAUCAGUGACCUUGUAGUGGGAGUUUUGACCGAACCAAUGUUUAUUUCCUUCCACAUCAGAGAAGCCAUGUGGUACCCAGUCACGGAAAAUGUUUGGGUUAUUCACCUGACGUUCUUUAUAUCAUACGCUUCGUCGCUGUUGAGCCUGGCAGCACUAACUCUUGACAGAUAUCUGACAGUGAUGUCACAAUACAGGAGGCUGUUAUCCACCAGUCAAAUUACCCUGAUAUCUGUGCUGAUAUGGGUGUUAUCUUUUUCGCUACCAUGUUUGUAUUUCGUCACGGGAUUCUAUCUGUUUGCGUUUCUGUUUACGAACGCUUCUCUUAUCAUGAUAAUUAGCAUAUUAACGUUUUCAUACAUCCGUAUCCAUCAAAGACUGAAGGAUCAAAUCUCUCGCUGGCACUGGUUCAAACAAACACAGAUCAAACUGAAUGCGAUGUCGUUGGAGAAAAAACUUACCAGAGCCUUUUACAUCAUUCUCGGAAUAUUCCUCAUGUGUCUAAUGCCAUCAGUUGUGAUGAUUUACAUCAUCAUCUUUUGCGAUGAAUGUUACUGCACGCUUGUUCAUUGGAUGAAAGACUUAAAGUUCAUAUUCCUGUUGCUAAACUGUUCUUUAAAUCAGUUUUUAUACGCCUGGAGAGUACGGAGCUUUCGCAAAGCCAUCUCCACAGUGUUUUGCAAAACAGUUUCAUACCAAGUGAACGCCGAGCUUGUCGGCAACAACAAUGGCAUAAUUGCUGCUGAUUCUAAUUCUGCUGAUGAAAUAGAACUGAUUCCUUUAGACGCCGCGAAACUUUCCCCAGUGCCUUUGGACGAGAUGGGUCAGACAAACCAAUUUUCGUAUUAGUCUCAGAAAAUCAAAAACAAGAAUCAAAGAUAAAACGAAGUAGGCAAGGAAAUCUUAGGUAACUGAUUGCAUGUUUAUGAUAGAGUGCUGGGGAAAUAUAGAACACUUUCCCCCAUUAGUACAGCAGCCAUUAAGACCUAUCUAAUAUUUUCUCUUGCGCGCGAUUGGUUUAAACGCGUAACUUGACGCCUAUGGCCCUCUAAAACAAGGAAUAUCCGAGCUUAUGAUCCAGCAAAUAUUUUCGCUCGCGCACGAUUGGUCUAAACGCAUUACAUGACAAGCUAAAACGGGGAAUAUCCAAGGAUAUCACCCAAUUUUCCAACCUUAUUUCCUCCACUAAGUAUUCCUUUAAAAUUUAAUUCAAGAUGAGAGAGCGUUAUAUAUUUGUUACAGAAGAAGGGAAAUAUUUCUUCGUUCUUAAAAUCAUUCCAUAGAACACUCAAAUGAUAACAUCCUACGUAGCAAGGAGUUAGGCGUUCGUAAACAUCACGGGCGUUACAAAAUUUUGAAGGAUGAUAAACACAAAAUCCUCUAUACUGCGUGAAAAUAUCCUCGUAAAUUUGUCCUUGGACAUUAUUUGUUCCUCGAGGCUCACAUUUUCCUCGAGCUUCGCUCUCAGAAAACUUUUGUAUCUUGGAACAGACAAUGUCCAAGGACAAAUAUCCGUGCAUAUUUUCGCGCCUAAUAGAGGUCAUUGUUCAUAUAUUCUGCAAUUUUGAACUUCGAGUCCAACGUACUGAAUGUAUACUUCUUAAUAUUAUCCCAACUUAGGAGAACGUUUUGCCUUUGUUGCAAAAAUAGACAUGUCAAACUUUUUCUUUAAUUGAGUCGAUCUGAAAAGCGUUCGAAAAAGUUUCGCUUCACGCGCUGGGGAAAAUAUUACAAGGAUAAUAAAAAAUGAAACUUCCAUUAGGCUUUAUAAUAUGCUCGUACUUUUGUCCUAAAGUUACCCGUCAGAUUUCAUUGAGAACAUUUUCAUAAGGCUCUUUCGCGGA